UUUCUGGAGGGAAAUGAAGCUUACCCGAGCAACGGGCGCCCACAUAGCGUUUAUACCUAGACCCUAGGCUCCUCUUCAGCUCGUCUACUCCUUGCUAGAGAAACAACUAUACAGAACGAGAAGAUGGUCUCUCCACAGCCAUUUGCGCGGCUUGUUGCUGCCGAAAUUGAUGGACGCGCACAAAACGUCCGUUACAGGCAGUCCCAGUUCCACCGGCUGCAAACCGCCCUCGUGCAGCAUAUCGACCAGAUCAGGAGUGCACUGCAGAGUGAUACUGGAAAUGCCGCGGAGGAGGUUCAGGCGGAGAUCUGUCUCGCCUUGAAAGAAGUACGGACGCACUAUCUCUCGUUGAAUUUGGAGGAGGAUCUGGAGAAGGAGUACCGGGUUGUGAAGGGGAAGGAUAAUGGGGAUGCGCUGCGAGGGACGGGGAUUGUUUAUAUCAUUCCUGGGACACACACGAUGUUCUUUUCGGUGGUUUCGGCGUUAGCAGCGGCUUUGGCAGCGGGAAACUGUAUCAUUCUUGAGUUGACGAAAAAUACAAUGGCUCUUCCUCCAUUGCUUCGAAAAAUUCUCCCAGAGGCCAUGGACGCAGAUACAUUUGCCAUUAGCGAGGAGAGACCAGACUCUGACUUUCUUAGCAAGACUUUGGUAGUUUCGCAAGUCAACGCCCCUUCUCUCCCAGAGAGCAGCCUCACCUCCCCAGUCACAGCCAGGACAGCCGCCGUCGUCGACGGAACAGCCGACAUCCCAGCUGCUGCAAAGUCCCUGGUGGCUGCACGGUUCGCAUUCGGGGGCCGAUCUACAUACUCACCGGAUGUAGUGCUGGUUCAGGAAUUUGCCAUGAAAGCAUUUGUAGAGGUCGCUAUCCUCCACUCGUCCAAGUACCUUUCUGGCCCUACCGGCGAAGAAAGGCAAAAGGCUGUUAACCCACGUCGCGCAAGCCCCGGGCUAUCACUUAUAGACCUAGCUCACAAGGAUCCUAGCGCACGGGUGCUGGUUUCUGGCACUGGAUGGGGCAUCGUCGAGGUCCAUGACAGAAAUUCCCCCCUGUUACAGAAGAAAGUCGAUGAGAAAGUACUCGUUUUACAUCCAAUUACGAGUCUCGACGAUGCAAUUGAUUUCAGUGCUUCCUUCGGAACGUUAGCAGCAACAUAUGCAUUUGCGAACUCUUCUUCCGCCAAAUACCUAACUCAGUUCAUCGACGCCCACGCCUCAUGGAUUAACCAAGUGCCAUUAGAGAUGCUCAUCGGACCUGCAUACCCAGUGAACUCUCGACCAAGCCGCGAAACCAGAUACAGCACCGCGCUGUUUCAAGUCCCACGGCCACAGUUCGUCUCACAAAGCAGUGGCGACGCACUUGUACGCCGGGUCCUGGACAAGCCCGGCUCCCAAGAGGCAAUUACGGCAUGGAAUGAAGCAGUUGCACCACUGCCAUCUACGGGGCAGAGAGCUGGGAAAAGUAUUGGGUUCUUCGAGCAGGGCAUGAUUACUGGAGGUGUGAUUACGCUGUUUUCGUUUGUGGCGACGGUGUCAACGUUGGGGUUCUAUACCGUUUCGUUUUUGAGGAGGAGAUUUUGAUUUAUAUACAAGAUUGGACUGCAUUUUGAUUUAGUUGUAUAUUUCUGGCUUAGUAUCCUGUUUCGUUGGUAGUCAAAUAUGGCACGACAAAUGUGUACAUUAUGAAAUGCAUCAGCAGUACACCAAGCGUAAGUCCUUAUACGUAGCCUGGAAUAUGAU